UGAUCCUUUAUUCUCUUUCAUUCAUGCACCUCUGCAGGGUAAAUAAGAACAGCCAGACUGUAAAUGAGACAUUUCUGAGGAGGUGUAAGAGCUCUAGUUCUUCAGGCUGUGGCCCUUUAAUGGCAAACUGGCCUGGUCCGCCUCUUCCAUUUAAGGGCAUGUUGACUUUUCUCGGCCGAGCAUUUCUUCCUGGUUCCCUCAAACGAGCUGCAACUCCCCUUUAAAUGGCUAUUUCAACCCCAGACAGAAGUUUUUACAGAAGGAUUAAAAUAACUUGGCGAAAGAGAGGAGAGGAGGAUAACUAAUCAACCAGCAGCGAGGCGAAGGGGAGAGGAGGUCUGUGUGAAUUUUCUGGAGAAGGAUUCUGAUUUUCUUCAUAAGUCUGACCACCCUGAUAGCCUCUUCUGUGAGCUUUCCUGCUAAAUCUGCUGGAACUGAGGCGGGAAGACGGCCGUGGAAUGGCUUUGCUAACCCUGCACAGAUCACCAUCUGUUUGCACCCCAGAUGAAAGCAUUCAGAGAAGAGGGAGACUCCAGAAGAGAGAAAGUUUUGCACUUGUUAAAGGGGCGGUGCUUCUGCUGGAGGAAGGAGGGGCUCCUGUUGGAACCACACCCCCUUCAUAUCAAAGUAUUGGACUCGGAGGCGGAGCCUCAGACACUCAACAUCGGCACUUGCAAGCCAUGGUUUCAUUGCUAAGGCCGGAGGACACGGUCAAACUGGCUGUGCGGUUAGAGUCUACAAGUGCAGUCCGAGUCAGAUAUUUGCUUAUAGUUGCAACGUCCAGUCGCAAACAGGAGAGUCUGCUGCUGGGCAUGGACUUCCCCAGUAUGAACAGUGAUCACUGCACCAUUGGCCUUGUCCUGCCUGUAUGGAGUGAUACACAGGUGUAUUUGGAUGGUGAUGGUGGUUUCAGUGUAACGUCUGCAGAAGUCACAAGGACAUUCAAGCCUGUGUCUAUACAGACAAUGUGGUCCGUGCUGCAGGCUCUGCAUGGCUGCUGUGAGCGUGCAGUGCGAGGGGCUGUUAUCCCAGGCUGUGGGCUGGACUGGGCGACUCACUACCGGCGACACGUAGAGUCUGACCGGCACUGCCUGAACGAGUGGACGGUCAUGACCGGCCUUGAGUCUGUUCGCAAGCACAGCAAAGGCAACUCCACGGAGAGAGAGAGUGUGGAGAGAGAGAUCAAAGCUCAGCUCAGGGAGAUCAUGAGGACUGAAGACCUAGAGAACAUCACCUCCAAACAGGUUCGAUCUGCUCUAGAGGAGAGGAUAGGCAUAGAUAUGAAGAACUACAAGGAGUACAUUGACAAUGAAAUGAUGGUCACCAUGGCACAGAUGGACAAACCAUCCAAAAUAUUAGACUACCUUUAUCUGGGCUCUGAAUGGAAUGCAGCUAACUUUGAGGAGCUUCAGAAAAACAACGUGGGCUAUAUCCUAAACGUCACCAUGGAGAUCGAUAACUUUUUCCCAGAAUCCUUCACCUACAUGAACAUCAGAGUUUAUGAUGUUGAGGCAACAGACCUUCUGUCACACUGGAAUAACACAUACAUGUUCAUCAGUGAAGCAAGGAAGAACGGGCAGGCCGUAUUAGUCCACUGUAAAAUGGGAGUGUCUCGUUCCGCCUCCACUGUGAUUGCGUUCCUGAUGAAGCAGCAGGGCUGGUCUUUAGACUACGCCCUCAGCCACGUCCGAGAGCGCCGUCCUAUUGUCCAGCCCAACGAAGGCUUCCUCAGACAGCUGCAGACGUACAGCGGGAUUCUGAGCGCCAGUAAACAGCGUCACAGUGCCCUCUGGAGGCGGAGGUCCAAAUCAGAGACCCAGCAGACAGACUCCAAAAAACAAGACCGGGGUGCAGAGAGCGAGGGAGAGCAAGGAGAUAAUGAAGAGGAGGAGGACGAAGAGAGCCCAGAGGAGGAAGAGAGCUAUGAGGAUGAAGGAAAAGAUGUGUUUGAGGAGCCAAUACCUAACAGUAUCCCUAUUCCUGCAGUGGAAGAAACAGUUAAUACUUUAAACCCUCUAAUUAACAUCCAGGAGGUGUGUCCGAGUCCGAGUCCCAGCAGAAGCGGCAGGAUGGACCUGUUUUCCCUCAUGCAGUCCAUCCAGCUGGAUGACGAUGAGAGAUUGAGCGAUAAAGAAGGUGCUGGUGCCCAGAGACGAUCGCCGGGACAGCGCAGACGGAGCCACAAACGACGAGCUUUAACUCACCAGCGAGCAUACGUGGAUGUUUCGCCUGACCCGAGCAGCCUGAACAGAAAACAAGACGAGACUCAGGAGCAGGUGGAACAAACAGGAGGAACAAACAGUGGUCAAUGAUACAGAGGGAAGGUAGGAAGAGCUAAAGAACAGAGACACUGAGUGAGAGAGAGAGGCAGAGAGCGAGGGAAAGAAUACUCCUCAUGAUGCACACCAGUUUUAUUUAUCCUGCUCAUCAGCUUGAUUUUAAUGAUGUAUUAUGGAAUAAUGAUGUUGUAAUGUUUUUGAGGCUUUGAGUUCAGAAUUUGCCACACACACACUGUACUGUGCAAAAGUCAGAGACUCCUCAUUUAUUUCUACUCAAAAUGGCCAUUAAAUACAAAUUAAUAAUAUUUUAGUAGAAACGUAACAGAAUAUUACACACAACCUUAUUAUUACCCUUUAAUAACAUUACACUCACUUCAAAAGUUCAGUCUUAGAAGCUGGUUGAUCAUUUUCUGACAUAAUCUGAAGUCCAAACACAUUCAGUAGUGUUGAGGUCUGGGGUGGUCAGUC